UUAGCUUUUUCUUUUGUGUCAGUUUAUUGUAAUAAAAGUAAAAAUAUUUAAAAAUUAUUAAAUGGCAACCACUCAAAUGAUGGCCACAUGGGGAACGCAUGAUGGAAAAAUGUUGCACGAAGAGCAGUCUGGAGACGAAGGCUUCACGGACACCGAGAGUAUUGUCCUCAAUUUGGGUGACCUGAUCCAGCGGCUGAAGAACUUCCGCCGCAGCAAGCAGCAAAGACUCCAGCUAAUAGAGGCGGAGGUGAGCAAACUGUGCAGCCUGGCCAGAGAUCACUUCCUCAACGAACCCAUGCUGCUGGAUGUGUCGGCUCCCGUGAGGGUCGUGGGCGACAUACAUGGCCAGUAUGUUGACCUGCUCAAGAUCCUCGACCACUGUGGCUAUCCGCCGAACACCAGCUACCUAUUUCUGGGGGACUACGUGGACAGGGGCAAGAACUCCGUGGAAACGAUCACCAUGCUCUUGGCCCUGCGGGUCAAGUAUCCCAAGCACGUGCAUCUCCUACGCGGCAACCACGAAUGCCAGUCGGUCAAUCGGGUCUAUGGGUUUUUCGACGAGUGCAAGAGGCGCUACACGGUGAAGCUGUGGAAGACCUUUGUCGACUGCUACAACUGCAUGCCCGUCGCAGCCACGAUCUCGCAUCGCAUCUUCUGCUGCCACGGCGGCUUGAGUCCCCAGCUGAAGGAUCUCAGCGACAUCGACUCGCUCGGCCGUCCAACCGAAAUCCCAGAGACCGGUCUCCUCUGCGACCUGCUGUGGAGUGAUCCGGAUCGCUAUGGUUUCGGUUGGACGCCGAGCGACCGGGGUGUCAGCUACCUCUACGGACGCGACGUGCUGGAGAAGUUUCUGCAGAAGCACGACUUCGAUCUGGUGUGCCGGGCCCAUCAGGUCGUGGAGGAUGGCUAUGAGUUCUUCGCCAAGCGGCAGUUGGUCACCGUCUUUUCGGCCCCCAACUACUGUGGAAUGUACGACAAUGCCGGGGCUUCCAUGGGCGUGGACAAGGACCUCAUGAUCACUUUCGAUGUACAGAGGCCAGAAAAUCGCAAGGCCGUUCUCAGAAAGGUGAGCAUUUCACCGGCAUAGGAGGCAAGGCUAUAAGAUUUUACCGAAGAGGACAUACGGCGAAUCCUUUGGAUCCCUGCACCUGUUGUUUGAAUCUAUCGGACCUUUUGAACCUUAUGUAAAAACGUUCCCAUUCCUAGCUUAUUAAAUAAAGUAAUCAUAAUGUACAUAUAAUA